UCCAUCAUCAAUUCAACUCAACUCAGAGAGCAAACCAGAGCAUAUCCACAUCCACCGAGCGAACAGAAAGAACAACUCGAUCAGUCACAGACAGAGUCUCGAAUCUUGCGUUCGAUUUGAUCGGAGAAGAUGGCGAGCAAGGGAGGCAACAAGGGGGAGGGCCCUGCGAUCGGCAUCGACCUCGGCACCACCUACUCCUGCGUCGGCGUAUGGCAGCACGACCGGGUGGAGAUCGUCGCCAACGACCAAGGCAACCGCACCACGCCGUCCUACGUCGCCUUCACCGACACCGAGCGGCUCAUCGGCGACGCCGCCAAGAACCAGGUCGCCAUGAACCCCACCAACACCGUUUUUGAUGCCAAGCGGCUCAUCGGGCGGCGCUUCUCGGACGCAUCCGUGCAGUCGGACAUGAAGAUGUGGCCGUUCAAGGUGGUCCCCGGCGCCGGCGACAAACCGAUGAUCGUGGUCAGCUACAAGGGGGAGGAGAAGACCUUCUCCGCCGAGGAGAUAUCCUCCAUGGUGCUCACCAAGAUGAGGGAGAUCGCCGAGGCCUUCCUCAGCACGACCAUCAACAACGCCGUCGUCACCGUCCCGGCGUACUUCAACGACUCCCAGCGCCAGGCCACCAAGGACGCCGGCGUGAUCGCGGGUCUCAACGUCAUGCGCAUAAUCAACGAGCCCACCGCGGCGGCCAUCGCUUACGGCCUCGACAAGAAGGCCACCAGCACCGGGGAGAAGAACGUGCUCAUCUUCGACCUCGGCGGCGGCACCUUCGAUGUGUCCAUCCUCACCAUCGAGGAAGGCAUAUUCGAGGUCAAGUCCACCGCCGGCGACACCCACCUGGGAGGCGAGGACUUCGACAACCGGAUGGUGAACCACUUCGUGCAAGAGUUCAAGAGGAAGAACAAGAAGGACAUCAGCGGCAACCCGAGGGCGCUCCGGCGGCUGAGGACGGCGUGCGAGAGGGCGAAGAGGACCCUCUCUUCCACCGCCCAGACCACCAUUGAGAUCGACUCGCUCUACGAGGGGAUCGACUUCUACGCGACCAUCACCCGUGCCAGGUUCGAGGAGCUCAACAUGGACCUCUUCCGCAAGUGCAUGGAGCCCGUCGAGAAGUGCCUCCGGGACGCCAAGAUGGACAAGACCCAAAUCCACGACAUCGUGCUCGUCGGAGGCUCCACCCGGAUCCCCAAGGUGCAGCAGCUCCUCCAGGACUUCUUCAACGGGAAGGAGCUCUGCAAGAGCAUCAACCCCGACGAGGCCGUCGCGUACGGCGCCGCCGUCCAGGCCGCCAUCCUCAGCGGCGAGGGCAACCAGAAGGUGCAGGACCUGCUCCUGCUCGACGUGACGCCGCUCUCGCUCGGGUUGGAGACGGCCGGAGGCGUGAUGACGACCCUGAUCCCGAGGAACACCACCAUCCCCACCAAGAAGGAGCAGGUCUUCUCAACCUACUCGGACAACCAGCCCGGCGUGCUGAUCCAGGUGUACGAGGGCGAGAGGACGAGGACCAAGGACAACAACCUGCUGGGCAAGUUCGAGCUGUCCGGCAUCCCGUCGGCGCCCAGGGGCGUACCCCAGAUCACGGUGACCUUCGACAUCGACGCGAACGGCAUCCUGAACGUGUCGGCGGAGGACAAGACGACCGGGCAGAAGAACAAGAUCACCAUCACCAACGACAAGGGGCGGCUGAGCAAGGAGGAGAUCGAGCGCAUGGUGCAGGAGGCGGAGAAGUACAAGUCGGAGGACGAGCAGGUGCGGCACAAGGUGGAGGCCCGCAACGCGCUGGAGAACUACGCGUACAACAUGCGCAACACGGUGCGGGACGAGAAGAUCGCGUCCAAGCUCCCCGCCGACGACAAGAAGAAGAUCGAGGACUCCAUCGAGGACGCCAUCAAGUGGCUCGACGGCAACCAGCUCGCCGAGGCCGACGAGUUCGAGGACAAGAUGAAGGAGCUGGAGAGCAUCUGCAACCCCAUCAUCUCCAAGAUGUACCAGGGUGCUGGCCCGGGCGGCGCGGCCGGCAUGGACGAGGACAUGCCCGGCGGCGGCGCGGGCACCGGCGGUGGGAGCGGUGCCGGGCCCAAGAUCGAAGAAGUGGACUGAGUGAGUCGUGACAGGUCCUGGAGUGGUAGUGUGUUCUGUUGCCUGUGGUCGUGUGUGGUUCUGUCGAAUAACGAGGACGCUUGUAUGAGUGUAGUUAUUAAUGAUGUAGUACUAGGUUAGUAGAGGAAAUGAUAAAUAAUGUGUAAACGCAAGAACGACAUACACAUGUGGUUCUUGUACUACUAUGUUGUUUUUGCCUGAGUUCAGGAGAUGAAAAAUAUGUUCGUUGUCCUUGAUUACCGAAAAA